GUUUUGGUUCAUCAUUUGUGAACAGUGUUAAAAGUGUUUGUGUGAUUCAAAAAAAAAAAUAAUAAUAAGUGAAAAUGCCUCCUAAAACCAGUGGUAAAGCAGCAAAGAAGGACGGCAAAGCCCAAAAGAUCAUUACCAAGGGCGAUAAGUCGAAGAGACGUACCAAGCGUAAGGAGAGUUACGCUAUCUACAUUUACAAAGUGUUGAAGCAAGUCCAUCCCGACACCGGUAUCUCCUCCAAGGCCAUGAGCAUCAUGAACAGAUUCGUCAACGAUAUCUUCGAACGUAUUACCACCGAAGCCUCUCGUUUGGCCCACUACAACAAGCGCUCGACCAUCACCAGUCGGGAAAUCCAGACCGCCGUCCGUCUAUUGUUGCCCGGUGAAUUGGCUAAGCACGCCAUCAGUGAAGGUACCAAGGCUGUUACUAAAUACACCAGCUCCAAGUAAAUGUCUUGAUAUUUUUCAUUUUGCGUCGAAAUACUACCUUAAAAGACCCUUUUCAGGGCCACAAAAAACAUUUCAAAAGAGGUCAUAUUUUUGUUGAAACUACAAUUUAUCAUUAUUUAGUAAUAAACGAAUAAAAUUCCAUAAGAAAUAUAUUUUUCUCUAUACAAUGAUUUUUCCAUGCAUUUAGCUAACUCGCAUAUGUACCUAUGUUUAGCCUUUGCUUGUGCGAUAUGCUAUAACAGCCAUCGUCGUCGUAUAUGUGUGCGUGUGUUAGUGGUGA